UCUGCAACAUUAGCUGAGAUACAUAUACUAAACGUUAACAUGAAGGCCAUUGUGAUCGUUCUCUUGUUAGCCACCGUAGCGGUCUACGGCGCUGAGGAGAAGAAGGAGAAGCGUGGACUGCUAGGGCUGGGUUAUGGUGGACAUGGUCUGGGACUUUAUGGAGGCCAUAGUUUAGGUCUCUAUGGAGGUCACGGUUUGGGUCUCUACGGAGGUCACGGUUUAGGCCUGUAUGGAGGACACGCCAUCGCCGCUUCGCCUAUCGUCAGCCAUAGCGUGGCAAUUCCUGCACCCAUAAUCAGUCAUGGAAUAGCUGCUCCAGUGUUCGACCACGGACUUUACGGCCACGGAUUGGGUGCUCCCUUGCUGGGAUUGGGUCACGGCUGGCAUUAGGACCUACGCCCCACAACAACCUCGCACCGACGGGUCAUAAUUAGAAUA